AUAUAUAUAUAACAUACACUUUGCAGACAUUAUCUUGCCACUCGGAUUUUUAACGAAAUCUAUAUUUAAAAAAAAAAAACUACACUAAGUGUUUUUUUUUCGUCUACUGCUAUUGUUUCAUUUCUUUCUUUUUUUUUUCCUUUUCAUCUUAUAAUUUUUGCUCUGGCUUUUUCUUGCUUCAGCAUUUGUCCUAUUAUAAGCUGCUAUUUCUUCUUAAAUGUGUGUGUGUGUGUGUGUGUGUGUAUCGUUCUCUUUUGUAAUAUGAUCUUUUCGUUUUGAAAUUCGAGUGCAAAUUAAUAAAAAAAUAAAAGUCGAUUUAUCAUUUAUUUAUUUACUUGUUUGGUUUGCCUUCAAUUCAGGGUCAUUGUCGGGCGUCUUAGCACGCAUUACUUGUUGACUCUUGUCAAGGUUGCAUAUUAAGUAUUCUAUGCGUGUAUAAUAGGUUGCCUUCGUCGGAUAAAAACAAAGUUUGACAUUGAAAAAGAAUUGUUUGUUUCGUUCUCUCAUCAUUGAUAGACAUUCGUCCUUGUCUAAAUAGUUAGUAUAAAAGAAAGAGAGAGAAAGAAAAAAAAAAAGCUCAAGGAAGAAUGUCUACGCACAUUGUUGAACGACUUCUAUGUCUCGUCCUUAUCAGAUAGACAUUUGUCAAGGUCAACAUCAGUCGGGUAUCGAAAAAAAAAGGAAAAAACAGAUCGAAUGAUCUUAUACAUACUUUGCAGCUGAUGAUCUCAAUGGCAUAUCACCUUGUAGAGAACAGAAAAACAUGUUAUUUGUUAUGACAUAACAAGGUCGAACCACUUGUGUUGUUAAUUUUAUUUCUUCAAUAAAAAUAUCAUUAGUCAAGGACUCCAUACUCAACGGGCACUAUAUUUGUUUAAAUGUAUUGUAUUAUCCAUACAAAAGCAAGCAAAAGCUGUUUGACCAUAUGUAUUAGCAAAACAAUAACCCGGUGAACAAUUUAAUUGACAAAUAGCUAAAUAAAAAAAAGAUAAAUAUAUAAAUCGAAUACUAUUCAUAAGAUAUAUCUGGUCGAAUAUCUAAUUCACAUGUAUUUCCUGUAUAACCAGGAGCAUAUGUACAAGUAUAACUAUUUCCCGAAGCGGACUCGAUUUAAAUGAAGUAGCUUAUGAUGAUGAACCAUCAAAGAUUUAUCUUGGUUUACGCUCGAUUAUUUGCUUAUUAUUAGGUCGUCUUGUUGCUAAUCAUGAUUUCUUUGGUCCAGGAUAUCCAUCUCAACCAAGAAAUGUUUUAGUUUAUAUUAGUGAUAAUAAUGAUGAAACAUGGGAUUAUGGUUUAUCAUGGAAUUAUAAUGGAAGCGAUGAUGGUGUUAUUUUGUUUCACAAUUCAUGUGCAACAGGUCCAACACCAAUUGUUAUCACCAAUCAAGUUAUGUAUCGUGGUAUUUAA